AUGGAAACGCUGCCGGGCUUGUUUGGAUCUCGUUCCCGGCUGAAGGUGUCGGACUCAGAAACAAGCCCACUGUUGUCACUGCAGAACCUUUCUAAUCCAACAGAACUCUGUUUAGCGGCUCACGGUCGUUUCGCCCAGAAGCUGCUGACUGACUUGUUCUCCAACUACACCAACGCCUUGAGGCCGGUGGAGGACACCGACUACAUCAUCAACGUCACGCUGCAGAUCACGCUGUCUCAGAUCAUCGACAUGGAUGAGAGGAACCAGAUCCUGACCACCUACCUGUGGGUCCGCCAGGUGUGGAUGGAUGCCUACCUGACCUGGAAGAAGGAGGACUACGACGGCCUGGACACCAUCCGGAUCCCCAGCAGCUACGUGUGGAGGCCAGACAUCGUUCUGUACAACAGUGCAGACGAUGAGUUCUCCAGCUCCAUGGAGACCAACGUGGUUCUACGUAACGAUGGCCAGGUGAUGUGGGACCAGCCGGCCAUCACUAAGAGCUCCUGCUCCGUGGACGUGGCCUUCUUCCCCUUCGAUGUUCAGCAGUGUCACCUCACUUUCGGCUCCUGGACCCACAACGGCAACCAGAUGGACCUGAUCAACGCCCUGGACAGCGCCGACCUGGCCGACUUCGUCCCCAACGUGGAAUGGGAGGUUCUGGGCAUGCCGGCUAAGAAGAACGUCAUCCUGUACGGCUGCUGCUCGGAUCCGUACCCAGACAUCACCUUCACCCUCCACCUGAAGAGACGAGCCUCCUUCUACAUCUUCAACCUUCUCAUCCCCUGCAUGAUGAUCUCCUUCCUGGCUCCGCUGGGCUUCUACCUGCCGGCCGACUCGGGCGAGAAGGUUUCUCUGGGCGUCACGGUGCUGCUGGCGCUGACGGUGUUCCAGCUGCUGGUGGCCGAAAGCAUGCCGCCUUCCGAGAGCGUCCCGCUGAUCGGAAAGUACUACAUCGCCACCAUGACGAUGGUCACUGCAUCGACGGCCCUCACUAUCUUCAUCAUGAACAUCCACCACUGCGGUCCGGAGGCGCGUCCCGUCCCCGAAUGGGCCGAGCGCUUCAUCUUGAACCACCUCGCUCGCAUCUGCUUCGUCAGCGAGGUCGGCAACAACUGCCUGAGCGGCCGGUCGUCACGGAAACAGCCGCUGUCCCAGGAGGAGUCGGACGCUCCAUCGGCCAACGGCGGCAGCAGAGGGACCAACUGGGACGUUAACGGACAGGUGUGGGGAGGGCGGAGCGAGGAGCAGGGGGCGGGGCCGGAGGCGACCAAUCAGACGGACUGGAAGGAGGACCUGUUCGUCACCGUCGACCACUCAGAGGAGAAAGGAGCCACCGGAGGAGAAGAGCGAGCCGAGGAGGAGUGGAGCAGCGAUGGAGAGAUGGUGGAGGAGAAGAAGGGCGUUGGAGGUGAAGGAGGAGGAGGAGCUGGGAGGAAGGAGAUCCUGGUGAAGACCCAUUGUGUCUGCCAGCAUCAUGGACUGAGGAAGAACGUGGAGUACAUCGCCAGCUCCUACCAGGACCAGAAGACCGCUCAGCUGCGCAUCGGAGAGUGGAGGAAGGUCGCCAAGGUCAUGGAUCGCUUCUUCAUGUGGCUCUUCUUCAUCAUGGUCUUCUUCAUGAGCAUCCUCAUCCUGGGAAAAGCCAUCUGAGUCCAGCUGUCGGUUUAGCUCCAUCAAGGAUGAAGUCAGAGUUUGGUUUUCCUGAAACAAAUGAAGGUUUGAUGGGAUUAAAGGUCCGACUCCACGUUUUUAACCUGCUGUCUCUGAAACAGUUUGUAGGAAAAUGUUCCAAUAAAACCAUCACUGAUUUUAGGAAACCUUUGGAUCCGCUCCACUGAAGAUGACUGUGAUUGGUUUAAAGAAACAGAAGCAGGUCUUUAGUGAGGUGCAGUCAGACCAUUCUGCAACAGGAACUCACUUUGAAAAUAUCUCAUAAAACAUGUAGAGAUUAGGAUUAAUUAACUCCAUCUUUAACUGCAGAUCCAUCCAUUCAUCCUCUAUACACCGUUUUAUCCUCACUAGGGUCAUGGGGGGUGCUGGAGUCUAUCCCAGAUGACUCGGGUGAAGGCAGGGGACACCCUGGACAGGUCACCAGUCUGUCACAGGGCUAUAAACUGCAGAUUCUGAAGAGAAUUUUCUCCAAUUUUAACCCUCAAACUAAGUUCAAAAGACAAAUUGUUUACUUUUCCUUUUAAGGAGCUCAUGACGUUACAGUAAACAUUUGAACUUUUCCCAUGAAUUCCAACUAUAUUUUCAGAUAAUGCUCACCUUCCGCCUGGGAAAUUUGCACCAUUAAAGCUGCUGUCCGGAGUUUGAAUCGCAGCGUCUCCCAAAACACUGUUGGUCCCUCCCUCUGAUUUCGCCCCUUUAUUUGUGCACACGCGCAGUACAUGAGAGAAGUGCCC